AUGUCGCGAAACCGAAAACCGCUGACGCUCGGCGAAAAGCUUCGAGUUAUUGAGGAGGCGGAGAAGCGGACCGGAUCAACAAAGGCCAGCAUUGCCCGCGACCUGAACAUUCCCGAGUCGUCGCUGAAAACGAUCCUCGCGAAGAAGGACAGCAUCCUGCUGAAUGCGUCAAAGUUCGGCCUGAACAGGAAGGCCGCGAAAGAUGGCAAAUACGCUGCCAUGGAGAAGGCCCUCGUAGAGUGGUUGCGUCAGGCACGCAGUGCAGCUAUUGCCGUGGAUGGCGCAAUUUUGAAGGAGAAGGCAGACAUGAUUGCGUUGCGCUGCGGCAUUGACGACUUUAAAGCCUCCAACGGCUGGUUAGAUCGUUUUAAAAAACGAAAUGGAGUUGUUUACAGCCGCUGCUGCGGAGAGAGCUCGUCUGUCAGCUCCUCCACUGUUGAACAAUGGACCGCAUUGCUGCCGGAACUGAUACGGCAGUACAAGCCUUGCGACGUAUUCAACGCAGACGAAACUGGAUUAUUUUACAAUAUGCAGCCAGACCAGACUUUGACGUUCAAAGGAGAGGGUUGUCACGGCGGUAAGCGGAGCAAAGAGCGUCUUACUGUGUUGCUUUGCGCUAAUGAAGACGGCUCGGAAAAGCUUCCUGCCCUCGUGAUUGGCAAGUUUGAGAAGCCGCGAUGCUUCAAAAAUUUGAAAAGGCUGCCGUGCCAAUACACGUUUAACCGCAAAGCCUGGAUGACUGCUGCCAAGUUUGCUGCAUAUCUGCAGCAGCUAGACUCGAGAAUGGGGGCUAAAGACAGAAAAAUUCUUCUUCUGCUGGACAAUGCGCCGUGCCAUCCAACGGAUACGUCGCAUUUGAGGAAUGUAAAAGUCGCAUUUCUGCCCCCGAAUUGCACAAGUCAGCUGCAGCCACUUGACGCCGGCGUCAUCAAAUGCAUGAAGCAGAAAUACAGGAAGUUUCUGGUUCAGCGUCGGCUAGCGGGCAUGGAACGCAAGCAGAUGGCCACGAAGCUCUCUGUGCUCGAUGCAAUGCACUACAUCGCUAGUGCAUGGGACGCGGUCACGCAGGAAACUAUCGCCAACUCCUUCAGACACUGCGGUUUUACGAGAAGUGGCGGCUGUUUCAGUGAGGCUGCAGUGCUUGAUGAUGACGAACCCGAGUUUGGGCGCCUGGAGCUGCCUGGAUCGUUCGCGGACUAUGUUGGUGCCGACGACGAUGUCGCUGUGUGCAGUGCAGUGUCGCUGGAUGACAUUAUUGAAACUGUGCGUCCCGACUCUGCGGAAACUUCCGACGAAGAAGAGAUGGACGAUACCGCAGAGGCAAGCGCUUCCGUACCGACUUACACGGACGUGUUGGAUUACGUCGACAACAUUCGGCGGUUUGCGUGCGCAUACGACGAGGUCGGCGACUUGCUGCAAGAUGUCGCAGCUCUCGAAAGGAAACUGAUGCGUCGUGGCUGGGCCAACUCGCAGAAAAAAAUUACAGAUUUUUUUAAGAGGUGA